AUGUACCAAAAAAUGACUUCCAUUGUUCCUCCACUUGACUACGUCUUGGAUGUCCGAGCUGAGAUGAAACCAGUCAAGAUCAGUCAAAACAGUACGCCUCAAGGGAAGUCCUAUUACUUUCAGUUCAUCGGUGGAUAUAUCCGUUCAACAAAUGGCGAACUUGAUAUUCCACUUCAGCCAACAUUUGACGACGCAUUUCUGCCCGCUGAUGCCGACGUGGUUUCUCUUCGGGUGACUGCUGUGGGCUAUGAUCAGAAGUCAGGCGACUAUUUUCAGGCGAGAAAUAACGGAUUUCUCAGUUUAAGUGAUGUUAAAGGAGAAGCUAACUCCAUUUCGGAAUAUGGAAACUCCAAUUGCACGGGUAACUUCACAAUCCAGACUGGAAACAAGGAAUGGGCCUGGCUUAAUACUUCCGUCCUCGUUGGGCCUGGAAGAUUUGGAUAUGAUGAGAACGGAGAUAUUGUCUGGGUUGAAUAUAAGGUCUUUCGUGUCAGGUCAACGUGGUAG